CUCUACAUCACAACUUAUAACCCACAAUUCGCGACCAUGGGUUUGUUCGACAAAUUAAUCGACGGCAUUACCCACCAGGGCCAGAGCGGUAGCGGCGGUCAGCAGGGUGGUUACAAUCAGGGUGGCUACGGAGGAAACAACUACAACCAAUCUCAAGGCAACUAUGGCGGUCCCCAGCAAGGAUAUGGUGGCCCACAGCAGGGCUAUGGCGGCCCACAACAAGGCUACGGUGGUCAACAACAGGGCUACGGCGCUGGUCAAGGAACACCUCAAGUUCCACCUCCAUGGCGCGCUGUCUGGGACGAUCGUGAGAACCGCUGGCUCUUCAUCAACGAGCAGAACGGCGAACGCACCUUUGAGCACCCUGGUGGUGCUGGCGGAUACGGCGGUGGCUACGGCAGCAGCUACAACCAAGGUCCUCCUCAAGCUCAAUACGGCGGCUACGAACAACAGCAGCCUCAGCAAAAGAAGAACCACAAUCUAGCAUACGGAGCCAUGGGCGCUGCAGCUGGCCUUGCUGGCGGUGCAUUGCUCAUGCACGAAGGUCAUGAAGUCAAGGAGGACUGGGAGGAAGACAAGUACAGAGCCGAGAACAAGUUCGAUCGCUUUGAGAACCGCGUGGAGGAUGCCCCUGAGGACGCAGCUCGCUGGACAGGCCGCAAGGUCGGAGAGGUCGAAGACAUCCCCCAGGACAUCGAGAACGACUAUGACCGUGCCAAGUACGGCAUGGAGAAUAAGUGGGACAAUGCUGUGCAGGAUGUCGAAGAUGUGCCCGAGGACAUUGCUGGCUUCGCUGGGGAGGGCGUCGGCAAGGUCGAGCGCUGGGGCGAUGAUGCCGACAGAUUCGGUGACAACAUGGACAACGCCUACGACCAAGGCAGAGACGAUGAGCGCUACGGCGAUGACAAUGACCGCUGGUAG